AUGGACUCACCUCGUUUAUCUUGGUCAGACUAUGUCAUUUUGUGUUUUAUUAAGAAACCUUCAGGCGCCUUUUACCUCUUGAAUAAGAUGCGACUCCUCCACACCCGGGACCUCCAACUUGAGACCUUUAUCGGCAAGAAAACUCCAGGGUAUGCCAUUUUGUCACAUACCUGGGGAGACGAUGAAGUUCUCUUCCAAGACCUCGACUCUGGGCCUGUUCAUGAUUGGCGAGAGCGGCGCGGUGCUUCCAAGGUUCUAGGUGCUGCUGCACAGGCAGCGUCAGACGGUUACACCUACAUCUGGAUUGACACCUGUUGCAUCGAUAAGAGUAGCAGUGCAGAACUUUCAGAGGCCAUCAACUCUAUGUAUUCCUGGUAUAAACGCUCCAGAGUUUGCUACGCAUAUCUCGAGGACAUACUUAUACCUGAUGCUAAACUUCUUGGGCUCAGCCGUUGGUUCACGCGAGGAUGGACUCUUCAAGAGCUCAUCGCGCCAAGCGAGGUUCGAUUCUUCACCUCUUCCUGGGAGUUUCUUGGCAGCCGUGACCAGUUGGCAAAAUCAAUCUCUGAAAUUACCCGCAUCGACCGGCACGUGUUGAAAUUUAGUCAACAGACUCCGCUUGAGGCGUAUCCCAUCGGUCAGAGAAUGACUUGGGCUGCUGGACGAACCACGACGAGAACAGAGGACAUGGCGUACUGCUUGUUGGGGCUGUUUCAGGUCAACAUGCCACUGUUGUACGGUGAGGGACGCAAGGCGUUUCGAAGGCUUCAGGAAGAGAUUUUGAAGCAAUCCACAUGGAAGGAUCAUUCGAUUUUAUUGCACAGGGAAUCGGGUCACAUCUUUGCAUCACAGCCGUCUUCUUUUGACAUUGGCUACAAACUCCAUCGAUGGACAGGCCGAACAGACAUUGGGAUGGUCCAAGAUGGUGUCGAGACCGCACUUCAUGUCCAGACGGUUUACUCAAGAGGGGAGCCCCAUGGCGCUGAAGAACUGGUAUCAUUGGCGGUCCUAGAUUGCCGUAUCGACGAGGGCACGGGAUCUUUUGCCCGGCCUGUGAUUGUAUUGGCUCUCAUGAACGGCUACUACCGCCACCAAGCCUCGGGUUUGAUGAUGAUAAGACCCGAAGCCGAAUCUGAGGUGGUGGAAAUGGCGGGGACUCACAAGCCACUCAACUUUCACCAUGAAAGACCGUUGAGCCUAUUGGGAGUGAAGGUAGAUCUCGCGAAAUUUGAGCGAAAGUCGAUCACUCUUCGACAUUAUGACCUUGAUAGAUAUACGGAUAGUCGUCAAAGAAUCUUCCAAAUACGAUUAGGGAAGAUAGCCCAACCUGAAAUGGGGCAGAAAUAUGAGUUUGGGCCCCGUCGUAUGUCGCCACACAAGGAGAUUCUGAGCAUCAAACUCUCGAGCUGGGCUACUGUUUUUGUCCAUGCGGCAAUAUUCCUCAAUGCACCCCAGGACGGAGGCUUGUGUUCCCACCUCCUGCUUGCCGGGUCCCUAUCCAACGCCCAGGAAGGAUACGGUGUCCUAUGGCACCGUAUCAUUCCAACGGGGCCUAUUCUCGAAAACAAGCUCAGAGAUUGGCAAGGAGACGACAUCAAAGAUCUCUACUCGGAACUAUUAUCGGCUGAUUAUCUCGAACCACUACUGCAGGAAUUUCACUACGAUAACUCGGGUAGGGACCUCGAUGUGAGAAACUACUUCGGCCUGAAGGAAUAUUCAUAUGUUACUAAAGAUGGUGAUACAAUCAAACCACACCUUCAGUUUGUUGAGUUUCUUGGGGAUUCCUUGUAUGAAUUAUCGGUCACAGUCAAACGAUCAGAAGAGGGAGAGGAGACGCCAAAUAUAGGGAUUUUUUAA